AUGGCCGGCCGUCUCCGCUCGCCGCCCCUCCCCGCCGGAGGGCGUGGCGUGCGCGUCCCCCGCCGGAAGCUCCGCGGCUGCGCACUCAGCGGAACAACUGACCGGAGGGAGCAGGGGAGGCGCGAGGGGGUCUUUGCCCCAAACGGGAAGCGGGGUUGGACCCGCGGGCCGCGGCCACAGCUGCCGGACGCCGUGCGGCCGGCGCCUCCCCCACCCACCCCGCGCGGCGGGGCUCAGCGUUUCCGGGUCACCAACACCAGCAUCUCUACAGCCUUCGGAGACGUAGGGCGGUCAAGACCCACAGAUACUCACCUAACCGGCCCCUGGCUAGGCUCAGCUACCUGCGCAAUCCCCAACACCCCGCCAGCCAGCAAGGGGAGCCAGGUCUUGGGAAGUCCGAGGGCGCCCCCUCGAGGGUGA